UUGUAGUUUGACAAUAAUAAUCUUUAAGAAAGUUUGCAAAAAGAUGGACCCCGAAGAGUUAGCAAAAAUUUCUAACAUGCCUGUAUUCCGUCCUACUAAGAAGGAAUUCAAAAAUUUCAGUAGCUGCAUAGAGAAAUAUGUGAAACUGGCUGGUAACUCAGGAUGGAAACCAAGAAAGGAAGGCUAUGAAAACCUCGAUUUGACAGUCCAACACCCGAUUGAACAAAAUGUAUGGGGCAGCAACGGAGUUUAUGAGCUCCUUUACAUGCUCAGAGAGUCUAGGUCUCUUGAUAAGUACCGGAAACUAGUCUCUAAGACUGAACACUCUGCUACCAAAAAGACCCAUGCGGAGAUCGAAAAGUUAUUUUGGAAGACUUUAAAGCUAAACGCUCCUCUUUAUGGGGCUGAUAUUGAAGGAUCUCUAAUGGACAAAGGAACUCCAUGGAAUCUGGCAGAACUCGAUACCUGCUUGAAGGAUGGUUUAGAUACCCUCCAGCUCUCCGGAGUGAACAACCCUUACAUCUAUAUAGGGGGUUGGAAGACAAUGUUUGGGUGGCACAAGGAAGACCUCGAUCUCUACUCAAUCAAUUACCUACAUUUUGGAGCUCCAAAAUAUUGGUACUCUAUUGAUUUAGAUUCGAACAGUGAUUUUGAAGGUCUUGCCCGUAAAACUUUUACAGAAAGGUUUGAAAAGUGAUCAGAAUAUCUCCGUCAUAAAAAUACAUUAGUCCAUCCUGUCUUCUUGAAGAAGAAAGGCAUCAAGAUAAGAAAGAUAGUUCAAAAGCCUGGAGAAUUUGUUGUCCUUAGAGCUACAGCUUACCAUUGUGGGUUCAACUCAGGCUUUAAUAUUGCUGAAGCCGUCAACUUUGCUCUUUUUGAUUGGAUCGAAAGAGUGGCUUCAGGAGUCAAAUUCUGAAAUUGUAUCAAAGACAGUGUCAAAAUCAACAUGUCAAGCUUCUGCCAGACAUUGAUUGAUAAGUUUAAGAAGACCAGAUCUUCAAAGAAGAAGGCAAUGAUUAAAACUUUAAUGAAGGUACAAGAUGAAGACAUCAAAAUGAAGGAAAUGUUCAAGAAAAAGGAAGAGUUCUUGGCAGAGAAGAAGGCUAAAGCUCUACAAAACCGCCGUAAUACCAUUAAGAGAAGAAACCGGAAGAGAUGUGCUGCUUCUCAAAGGACUACAAGCAAAUCUAAGCGUGUGAGAAGACUAGAAAGCUAAUGUAGUUUUCUGUUUAUUAGUUCAAUUUUUCGGUUAAGUAUUAUUC